ACCAGCUGCAGCUGAACUGAUCUGGCGCAGCGAGUCUGCAACAAGUGAUCUCAGUACUUUGCUGUGGGAAAGAAUGGAUGUUUGCAUGCACCCUCCAACUCCGAGAUAACUCUAUCCAAGUUGUGCGCAUGUGCCCGGAGUAAAUCACCGCUGGGAACCGUGUCCAAGAAGAGGGGUCUUGUGUAAUUUUUUUCCCCCCGUUGCCCAAUGGCGUCCCACAAAGUUGGCAGCAUCCCAGGUCAGCGGCUGCAGUGUAGAUACAGAGGAAACGACCAGUCUGACAGGGUUCAGAGCAACGGGAACAGCGUGUAUGGGCUCAGUGUCCGAGUCCAGGGGAUCGAUGGACACCCCUUUGUCAUACUGAAUAAGCAAGACACGGAGUCCCAAGACCACAGGGCGACUGAUAGAAAUGGGGACAUGGAGGGCUCCUUCCUUGAUAACUACCAAGACUAUGACUUCACAGGCAGGAAUGGCGUGUCUCGCUCGCAUGACCCAUUUGUGGAGUACCGCUCCCAAAAGCAGAAAGCCCUGCUGAACUUCCAAAGACAUCCGGAGCUGCUUAAGCCUUAUGACCCAGAGAGCAAUGCACUGGGGCUGGGGGAUUAUCAGAGCCGUUCAUCCCGACCAGCCUCACUGGUGGAGCCCAGUGCCUCCUGUUUGGUUGCCCUUCCCAGGGCCACCUCCCCUGUACCUUCGCACUCCCGGAAUGUUAGCCCAAAUCAGAGUACCAUACCUCCACCCCCUAAUGACAUCAGCGCCCCCGGGCAGCCUACCAGGUCCUGUGUGUCCUCCAGCACAACCAGCAGCAGCGCCAGCUCCAGCCUGGAGCGAGGCCGACCCAGUCCCAACGUGCUUCCCCUACGCAGGCAUGGCUCUAGUGGUCCAGUACUGGAACCAUCUACCUCCAGCAGCACACACAGACCUCCCUCAAACGACCAGCUGGAAGCACUCUAUGCCGAUUCUAUCAACCGGCAUGAGAACCGGCGCUACAUUCCCUUUCUGCCUGGGACGGGCCGUGACAUUGACACUGGUUCUAUCCCCGGUGUCGACGAGCUCAUUAACAAGUUCGAUGGGAAGGAUGCCGUGCAGCGUAGAGGCCGAGCAGGGCAUCGGAACCGUAUUGGACUAGAGGAGCGCAAGCGGUCCCGCAGCGUGGACAGUGCCUUGGCUUUCCGUCUAAGCCAAGAUGAGAAACAGUCCCACAAGGACAGGUCCGUCGAGCACCAGCUACGACCCUCACAGCUGCAGCCUCCAAGGUGGACACAUCACCGGGACCCUCGAGAGACAGAGUCCCCCUCUAGCCUUUCCUCUGUCCAAGGCAAACCCAACCUUGGAGGUUCCCCACAAGACAGCAGUGAUUCUAGUUCCCCACAAGGCACUUCUCCAAUAGCAACAACCUCUGUCCUGGGCUAUAAAAGGGUGGUGAGCAGAUCCUUCACAAAGCUAGCAGAGAGCCCUGGAGAUGAAGCAGAGAAAUCACUACGGUCUGUGAAAGUUCUGAUGGGCACGACGAUGACAUCUUCAUCCAAGCCUUCUGGUGAACCCAGCAAAAGAAGCAGUGCAGAAAGCCGUGCUCAGGUAACCCCUGAUCUUUUGAAAGGUCAGCAAGAGCUUUCACAACAAACACACGAAGAGACGGCUAAACAAAUACUGUUUAAUUACCUAAAGGACGGGAGCACUGACAACGAUGACGCCACCAAAAGAAAGGUGAACCUGGUCUUUGAGAAGAUCCAGACCUUGAAAUCCAGAGCUGCUGGGAACAUGCAGGACAGUAGCCAGUCUUCUGAGGUGGCCAGAGAGCUGAAGGAGCUGCAGACUCAGAAGGAGGAGCUGGAGAAGAACAUUUCCGAGCUGAAGAAGCUGCUCAAGGAGAAGGCUGAGAGGCUCAACAGUCUGGCAGCUGUAUUUGACAAAGAAGUGGCAGAACGGGAGACGAUGAAGGAGGAACUAUCCAAGAGGCAUCAGGAGAGCACGGCGCUUCAGGAGAAAUUGUCUGAAGCUGUGACUGACCUUCGGAGUACGACAGAAGUGCUCCUCCAGGUGAAGCUGGAGAGGGAGCAGUGCCAGAAGGAGGUCAGGGACCUGCAGGAGCAGCUGUCGGAGAUGCACGACGAGCUGGACGGUGCCAAGAGGGCCGUGAUUGACCUUGGGGAGAAGGACGCCAUCAUUGAAGACAUGAUGCAGAUGAAACUGGACUUCCAGGACGUGCUGUUGCUGAAAGAGGAGCAGGAGGAGCUGCUACGGAGGCGUGAGCGGGAGCUCACGGCCCUCAAGGGGGCACUGAAGGAGGAGGUGGCUACGCACGACAAAGAAGUGGACACAAUGAGGGCACAGUACGAGCAGGAGAUCUGCAAGCUGCAGACUGUGCUUCAGGAGGCCAGACAGGGCAGUGCCGCAGUAUGCCAGGAAAAGGCAGACCUGGAGGCAGCGCGGGGGGAGGCCGCGGGCCGGGCGCAGCGCCUGGCACAGGACCUUGAGCGGCUGCGCAGGCGAGAGCACGAGCUGGAGAACACGGUGGCCGAACUCAACCACGUCAUCGACGAGGCCAAGCUGAAGGAGAGCCUGCUGAGUGACCGUGUGGCCCGACUAGAGAGGGAGAAGGGGCAGCUGGACGAGUCCUUAAGGGAGAUGAAAGGGAAGGAGGAGGAGAUGUCUCAAGCCAACAGCACGUUGGCCACACGUCUGGAGGACAAGCAGAGGGACUUCACAAAACUGAGCCAGGACCACACGGAGCUCAGCAGCAGGCUGAGGGAGGAGCAGCUUCACAAGGAACAGCUGAGGAGGUCCUCGAGCAAGGUCGAGGAUGAGCGUAAUCAGCUGGGAAGAGCCAUGGAGAAGCUGCAGAAGGAGCUAAGUGACAGAGUGAAGGCCUCUCAGACGUCUGCCCAGGAGCUGCAGGGACAGCUGGAGGAGCUGAAGGAGAAGAGCCGCCGAGAGCAUGCGGACCUGCACAAGCAGCACCGAGAGAAGGUCUCAGAGCUGGAGCAAUCCCAGCAGGCCACCAGGAGGCUGCAGGAGAAGCUGUCCAGCCUGGAGGAAGAACUCAGGGUGAGCAGGGAGGAGCUGGAGGGGGCGGAGCAGAAGGGCCGGAGUCUGGAGCAGCGGGUGCAGGAGCUGGAGCUGGAGGUGGAGGCCAAAGCGCGGGCCAAAGACGAGCGCUCGCGGCAGAUUAAACUGCUAGAGGAGAAGAUCUCUCAGCUGGAGCUGGACCUGGAGGAAGAGCGUGGCAGCGGAGACCUGCUGAUGGAAAGGCUUGAACGAGGGAAGGAGCAGCUGGAUCAGAUCAGGAGUGACCUCCUGCAAGAGAGAGCAGCCAAGCAGGACUUGGAGUGUGACAAGAUCGCUCUGGAGAGGCAGAACAAGGACUUGAGGAGCAGGGUGGCUCACCUGGAAGCUUCUCAGAAAUCCAGCAAGGGGGGCAUGGUGCCCCAGCUAGAAGAGCGGGUCCAGGAGCUGGAGCAAAGACUGGAGGUGGAGGAGCGGGACCGUGCCAACCUGCAACUGGCAAACCGUCGCCUGGAGAGGAAGGUGAAGGAGAUGAUGAUGCAGGUGGAUGACGAGCAUCACUCUCUGCAGGACCAGAAGGACCAGCUCAACCUGCGCCUGAAGACACUGAAGAGGCAGAUGGACGAGGCGGAGGAAGAGAUCGAGCGGCUGGAGCAUGGAAAGAAGAAGCUACAGCGGGAACUGGAGGAGCAGCUGGAGACCAAUGAGGAGCUGCAGGUGCAGAUUAAGGCCCUGCGCAGUGAGAUGAGGCGCAAGAGCACCUCCGCCCCCAUCCUGAAUGAUCUGGGGGAUGAUGAGGACGAGGAUGACAUCAGCACCGAUGGGGAGGCGUACUACUCUUCGGGUUCCGGCAGCAAGCGGUCCGUGUCGGCAGCCAUCGUGUGACGGGAUGAUGUGGAGCGUCAAGGAGAAGAUUAUUAGGGAGAACGGAAAGUGUGACUGCUGAGGCUUCCUUCAAACUCAGCGUAUGCUAAUGUUCCAGAUACUUCCAAGAACGCACGGCACCUCUGCAGAAACACCUCAAAUUCCUUCAUCUCAUUCUCAUCUUGUCAUUCCUUUUAUGGCAAAAUGGAGGGAAAAGCUUUAUUAAUAGUUUUUGAAGCUUUGUCAGUUCAAGUCUGUGCAUUUUUUUUUAUUUUAGAAGCUCAUUUUUUCUCUGCUUAAAUGGAAAAUAAGAAGAUAAAACUAAACCUUUUCCUUAUUUAUUUUUGAAAGAUGAAGUGUAAAUUUUUUAAGGGAACAUGUUAGAAGGGAAAAUACGUAAUUUUUUACAUAUCAGAUCCAAAAUGCAUAUAAGAAAUGUAUUAAAAAUGUAUUUUCUUGAUGUAUUUUUCAAUUUUCAGGUAUAUAAAUCAAGGCUAAACAUGUUACGUAAGUUUGCUGUGUAUCAAAGAAAACAAAAAAGAUCAAAUAUUUAUAACACAUAUUGUCAUACUGCAUUAGUAAACAAUGAUCAAUGAUGGAAA